CUGAAGACGGGUUUGCAAGCAAGAGACAGGAAAAUACCCAUGAAGGCAUCCCUGGGCCAGUGGAGUCCAAGGGUUUACUCUUGGGACUCUCCAAGGAGAACAGCUCCCAGAGCUCUGCAGAGGACCCAGUCCUGCCACGCAGGUCAGAAAGGGUUCAGAGACCUCUGGGGAAGAGGCAAAGCCAAGUGAUGCUUUGUGGAAAAAGUUUUAGGAGGCUGCCAGAUAUUAUCCAGCAGAGAAAUCCUCCUGUGGGGAGAUUGAUGAUAUGUGGGGACUGCGGGAAGAGCUUUCGCGUGAGCUCCAACCUCGUCCAGCAUCGGAGAAUCCACACCGGAGAGAAACCCUUCACCUGCACCGAGUGCGGGGAGAGUUUCCGGCAGCGGUCACAUCUCAUCCAGCACCAGAGAAUCCACACAGGGGAGAGGCCCUACGAAUGCUCCGAGUGCGGAAAGAGCUUCAGCAUGAGCUCAAAGCUGAUCCGGCACCAGGUAACCCACACCGGGGAGAAACCCUACAAGUGUGCUGAGUGCGGGAAGAGCUUCUCUGGGAACUCACAGCUCGUCCAGCACCAGCGAGUGCACACUGGGGAGAAACCCUAUGAGUGCAGCGACUGCGGGAAGAGCUUCAGCGUGAGCUCAGCCCUGACACGACACCACCGGGUCCACACCGGGGAGAAACCCUACGAGUGUGUGGAGUGUGGGAAGAGCUUUAUAAAGCACCAGCGGGUCCACACCGGAGAGAAGCCGUACGAAUGCUCCGAGUGUGGGAAGAGCUUCACUGUGAGUUCAGCCCUCAUCCAACACCGGCGGUUCCACAUGGGCGAGCGCCCGUACGGGUGUGCUGAGUGUGGAAAGAGCUUCACCGUGA